AUGUUAGAAACAGCUAUCCGAAACCAACCCACAGCAGAGUCGUCUUCUCUUAAGUCUAAACCAACUUCAAUACCCCCAGCAACUGCCACAGAAUCUGUCACAACAAAAGAAACUAACACAAGGAGAAUGUCGCAGAUUGUAGUUACUCCAUCCCAAAUUCUCUGUGGUUCUUUGGACAACAACUUGUUGAGCGCUUCAAAUGGCACUGGAACCACGACCCCGUUGUAUGAAGAGACUGAUGGUAUUUCGAACAACCUUGAAGCCAAGAAUUGCAAAUCUGCUGAACUUCCGCCAUUCUCAUUUCUGAAAAAGCCCAUAGAAGAUAAAAGAAACUUUAGUGACAAAAUAAUGCUGAAUAUUACAACAAGUUUCGGUAAAAAGAACCCUCCAAGACAAUCUCAAUUUGACAAACUGCACCACAAAUUGCCAAAGCACAUUGAACUUGAUGACUACGACCAACAAAUCAGGUUUCCUCAGAUGAAAACCAAUAAUUACGUAUAUAAUCCAAUUAACAACAGCAAUGAAUCGUUUGAGAUGGCAACGGCGGCGGCGGCGGUAAAGGAGGAGGAGGAAGCUAAAGUAUUAAUUAAGGAUGUAAAAGACUAUGCUGUUGACGAAGGGUACAAACCGGCUUUUUUUGAUUUGAAUCAGCCGAUAAGACGCUAUUCAACACCAAAUAAAGUUACUUUGAAUGAUGAAAUCAGGUUACUUGAGGAAUAUACUCGCAACAAUUGCAUUUAUGAAAAUAAUAAACUUCAAUCCUUGACUACACUGAACAGCACUCAGCAGGAGGGUAGUUUGUCAUCUAUGCAAGGAAAUAGCUCUGCUCGGCUCAAGAAUCAAGUAAGCUUCCCAAAGUUAUAUCACAAGGAUCUGAAGCAAAAGUUGAACCAAGUGUACCAAAUGAAAAAGCCAUUGUUGACACCGGCAGUUUUGAGAGCAGAACCUCAGCCAAUUCAGGAGCAAUGCCAGUAUUUACCGCCCCAAGAAGUAAUCCACCCACAACCUUGUUGGCCCAAGCUGCAAUCUACUCAACCACAAAAUGCUAAAGCUUUUACAUCAAAAUUCACAAUAUUUACAGUAGAGCAACAAGCUCUUAACAUUGGCAUUGAGCCAAGUCACCAUCAUUGGCAACCAAACAACGCAACCAAAGCCUGCAUGUCGUGCCUUCGUCCAUUUUACAGCUCGCUUGUCACUAUGAUAUAUGACGUGCCGAAACGUCAUCAUUGUCGCUUUUGCGGAUUGGUCUUUUGUAAGCUGUGCUUAAAUCCUACACAAACUUCAAAUACGCCGACAACAGGAUCUUCAUCAACCGCAUCUUUAGUAGCAACCAUAAAUUCACAACAAACCAGUACCGUCGCAACAAUGAAGCCAAUAAUUGAUAAAAAUGCCAAUUUUAUUAUCCCAGUGACAACAGCAACUUCUACCAACCUUGCGUCUUUGCCUCGCUUCAAGACAUGUCCCAAGUGCACUACUCUUUAUCUGGUGCUAGUCGCUGAGAUCAGUAAUCCAGAAAACGUUACUAAUUUACUCGAUAGAGUGGAAAGGGAUUCAAGCAUUGUAAACACUCCAUAUGUUGUGGUCGAGAAUCCCUACAUACAAGAUGGCAAAAUGUUUGGCUGCGAUACAACAACGUUUAAUUUCAAGCGAUUGAGUAUAUGUAGUCCUAAAAAUGGGGGGAUUGGAACUGAAAGUAAUGAUGUUUGUACUGAGAGUGAACGCCGAAUAAGUGUUGCUGGUGAUAUGCCUACUGAUUGGACGUGGAGUUCUUUUUAG